AGUAUAUUGAUCGAUCAUCAUUGUUAAUAUCUAAAGUGAAUUUUUUUCCAUCCAUUCACUGUGAUCAAUCAACUGUAAACAAUAAAUCAACGAAUCAUUAUGGUCAACAACAAAAUCAACGGGUGUUAAUAUCAUCAAUUAUCGAUAAUAACAAUUCAAUGACCAUCAAAACAGAAUCAAACAUUCUGAAAAAAGAUAAACAAAAAUCAAUAAGAACAACUAUAAAACCAGAAGUAUUAAAGCAUCAUCAGGAAAAGCGACAGCUCGACGAUGAUUCAAUUGAUAUCAAUGAUGUCAAUGAGAAUUAUGACUAUAGCGGACAAAAACAACAUCAAUCAAAUUCGAAUAUCGACAUCAAUACAAUAGAUAUGAUGCAAUUGAUUCGAUUAAUCAUCGAUCGUAUACGUAUACCAUGUCGUACAGAAUGGGGUAUUGAAUUAACAUUCGAUAUAUAUCGUUUGGAUACAUGUGCUCGUUGUUAUCAUUAUAUGCCCGAAAAUGUAUUCAAAACUGGUGCUAAAUUUAGUUACAAAUAUUUCGGUCAGUUAGUACAUCCUUAUUAUAAUAUAACAUUAGCAUCGAAUGAAACAAAAAAAUUAGCCGAAACAUUUCGAUCAAUUUCGAUGAUAUUAAAAUGGCAACAAUGUUGUCAUGAUGCAAUAUUAUGUUGUAUUGAUUAUUAUCAUAAAUAUCAUCAUGAAUUUAAUAUAAAAAAUUUAACGAAUAUUAUUAAUGAUGAUCAAUCAACAAAAUCAUCAUCAUCUGAUACAAUCGAUCAUAAUAGUUUACAUAAAAAUGAAUGUCCACCAACAUGGGAUGGUUGGCUUUGUUGGAAUGAAUAUGCACAACCAUCACAGCAAUUAGAACGUCCAUGUCCAAAACAUAUCUAUUGGGACCAACAUUCUCCACCAUGUCGUGGUUAUGUGACAAAAUUUUGUGACAAAAAUGGCCAUUGGUAUGUGAAUGAUGAUCAUCAUGAAUGGAGUAACUAUACAAUGUGUGCACGUGAUGAUAUCUAUGCAGGACGGAUAAGAUAUUCAUUAAUUACCAAUAUCAUAUCUAUGUGUGCUCUAGUUCCUGCAUUAUUUAUUUUCAGUCAUUACAAACAAGUCUCAUCAAUAUCUCGUAUACGUUUACAUAAACAUUUAUUCACAUCAUUACUAUUUCAUGCAAUCAUUUCAGCAUUACUUAAAUGGCAUCUGCUUAGUGGUUUACAAUCUGCCAUCGAAUCGGAUGUUGAUCUUUCAACACUUGCCACUGAAAAUAAUACAACAAUAAUAAUGGAAACGGAAAAAACAACUAAAACGAUUGAAACGUUGCAAUCGAUAUCUGUUAAUAAUGAUAAUAAUAAUAAUAAUAAUGAUGGAAUUAUUUACGCAUCAUAUCAUCGUAAUAUACCAUCAUUUUGUAUGAUAUUAUCGAUAUUACAACGUUAUUUUCGUUCAACCAAUUAUUUAUGGAUGUUCAAUGAAGCAGUUUAUCUACAUCAAUUAAUUAAACAUGCUUUUGUACAGCCAUCAUUACGUCCUUUAAUUAUACUAGCCUAUAGUCUACCAUUCAUAACGACAACAUCUUAUAUUUUUGCUAGAGAAUUUUUUUUACAGCAAAUCAGUUUUUCUCCAGAACAAUCACAUCAACUCAAUCUUGCAGCAAAACAAUCACAACAAAUAACAUUGAAUAAUGACACAAAUAAUUUUGCUUUAUUCAAUGAUAAUAUUCAUUCAUUUCCGACAACAUCGUCAUCAUCAUCAUCAUCAAAAUUCUGGGAAGAUUAUCCAAAAAUUAGUCGUUAUCAACAAGAACAAUUAAUUACGGUAUUAUUAUCAUUUGAUGAUGAAAUUCGACAGAAUCUUAUACGAGAAUUAAAUAUUCAAGAUUCACAUUGGAAUAAUCCACAGCUAAUAUAUCCAUCUGUACAUAGCCAUCAUCGAUAUUUGGAUCAAUCAACAUUAAUUCGUUAUCUAUUAUUAGGUCAUCAUGAUGCAAAUAUAUUGCCUGAAAGCUUUAUUUCAAAUCUGGAUUAUGAAGAAAUGACUUAUCCAGAAAGUGUUAAUAAUAAAAAUAAUAAUAACAAUGAUAAUGAUAAUUAUGAUGAUGAAUCUUUAGUUCAUUCAUAUUCAUUUUCAUUGGAAGAAGAUAUUUCAAUGGCAAAAGUUGAUGAUUGUUGGUUAACACCAUCCAAUCAACCAUGGCAUGAAUGGAUAAUCAAUGGGCCAAAUUUAGCAGUUUUAAUUAUAAAUUGUUUCUUUCUGAUCUGGUUAUUACGGGUACUUUGUAUCAAAGCAGCUGCUACCUCAAUUAUGAUUGCAACAUCAUCACCACCACCAUCGUCUUCAUCGUUACGUCGUAGUGUUGUCCAUAAUAAUGAUAACAUUAAUAAUAAUAAUAAUAAUCUGAAUAAUAAAAUUGAUACUUCAUCGGCUUGCUUUAAUCAUCAUUCAUCAUCAACACCGACAUCGACAUUGGAAAAUAUUAGGAAUAACAACAACAACAACAACGAAAAUGAUGCUGUUGAUGAUGAAAAUAAUAAUAAUGAUUCUUGUACAACAAAGUUACAACGAUGGUAUCAUCAUCGUAAAUCAUCGAUACAUUCGACCAUAUCAUCAACGCAGCAACAACAACAACAACAACUACCAUCAUCAUCAUCAUCAAUAUCGAGAUAUAAUCGUACAUCAUCAACAUUAUUUAAUAGACAAUCAUUUCUAGUAUCACUUCGUGCUGCUGUAUUAUUAUUACCAUUAUAUGGCCUUCAUUAUCUAUUCAUUGUAUAUCGACCAAAAAUUGAAAAUUGUUGGCUUUCCGAAACUUAUCACUAUUUAUCACUUAGUUUUGAUGGUCUACAAGGAUUGAUGGUUUCGAUCAUCUUUUGUUUUGCCAAUAGCGAAAUUCGCAAUCUUCUCACACGAUCAUUUCAACGUGUCAGUAAUCGUCAACGUAGUGUCACCAUUUACAUGAGUGAUAUUGGACAUAUAAAUGGAAAUCGAGAAUAAAAAAUAAAUAAAAA